AGACUGAUCACCAUGGCGGUGGCCUUCUGCAUGAGAGCCCUAACGGACAGAUGGGGAGGGGGCUCGAUGAAGCAGGACAGCAGCAGGAUUUCCCUGGUUGCCCCAGUAAUGCGAAGUUAAUCUCAAGAUCUCAGGAUGCAACGUGGGACCCCUUUGAGGGCAAAAAUGGGAGGGUGUCAGCAAGAGAAAAAGUAAAUAAACUUCUUGGUAGGUUGGGAAGUGACUGGAGGAACCGGGCAGGUGGGUGAGUGAAGCUGAUCCCCCAUGCUCCAUUACCCCGAGGAGAGGAGGAGACCUUCAGUCGCCAGGAAGGGACUCGUUGCUUCUCUUCUGACAAGAUGCAGGGUGACAAAAUGGAUCCCGACGUGACGGACGUCCCUUCACCCCAUCCCACCAAGUGAACCCCCAAACUAGAAGGAGGCUGAGAUCCUGGGGGCUGGGGCAAGACAAAGUCCAGGGAAAGAAGGGGAAACGGGAGCAGAAUUGCUUUGGUUUUGAUUUUGCGUACUAGAAAAGAGGAAACCAAACAAUCAGCCUACAACUGAAAUAAACCAGCGGGGAAAGUGGAGCAUUCACAAGCACAGCAGGGGGGACCUGUCUUCUCAGCCCAGGACCAGCUGCUUCAGGGGCAAGAGGUGGAAUAUUUCCGGGGCAAGGAAACAAGUGGUGGUGUGUGUUUUGACUCAGUGCAUGACAGAUUUGCCAGCAGCCCACCCCUUGCGGACAGCUGCUCCAAUGCUGGAUCGCAGAACCAGGAUGGACAGCUCCAAGAAGGAGAAGGUAGAGCAGAUCCUGUCUGAGUUCCGGCUGCAAGAGGAGGAUCUGAAGAAGGUGAUGCGUCGGAUGCAGAAGGAAAUGGAUCGGGGGUUGAAGCUGGAUACACAUGAGGAAGCCUCUGUGAAAAUGCUGCCCACUUACGUGCGCUCCACACCCGAAGGCUCAGAGGUCGGAGACUUCCUGUCGUUGGAUCUCGGCGGCACCAACUUCCGUGUGAUGCUGGUGAAAGUGGGUGAAGGGGAAGAAGGGCAGUGGAGCGUGACGACAAAGCAUCAGAUGUAUUCCAUCCCAGAGGACGCCAUGACGGGAACAGCCGAAAUGCUCUUCGAUUACAUCUCCGAGUGCAUCUCCGACUUCCUGGAUAAACACCAGAUGAAACACAAAAAGCUGCCUCUGGGCUUCACAUUCUCCUUCCCCGUGAGGCAUGAGGAUAUUGACAAGGGGAUCCUUCUGAACUGGACGAAGGGUUUCAAAGCAUCAGGAGCUGAAGGAAACAACGUUGUGGGGCUUUUGCGGGACGCUAUCAAGCGCCGAGGGGAUUUCGAGAUGGACGUGGUCGCCAUGGUCAAUGACACGGUAGCUACAAUGAUUUCCUGUUACUAUGAAGAUCACCGGUGUGAGGUUGGCAUGAUAGUGGGUACCGGCUGCAACGCUUGCUACAUGGAGGAGAUGGAGAAUGUGGAGCUGGUGGAGGGGGACGAGGGCCGGAUGUGCGUGAACACCGAGUGGGGGGCCUUCGGCGCCUCGGGGGAGCUGGACGAGUUCCUCCUGGAGUACGAUCGCGUGGUGGACGAGACCUCACUUAACCCCGGGCACCAGCUCUACGAGAAGAUGAUCGGAGGCAAGUACAUAGGAGAGAUCGUGCGGCUGGUGCUGCUCAAACUGGUCAAUGAAAAUCUGCUCUUCCACGGGGAGGCGUCUGAGAAACUGAAAACCAGAGGCAGUUUCGAAACCCGCUUCGUCUCACAGAUCGAAAGCGACGCCGAUGACCGGAAACAGACCUACAACAUCCUGACGUCCUUCGAGCUGCUGCCCUCGCUCACGGACUGCGACAUCGUGCGGAUGGCGUGCGAGAGCGUCUCCACGCGGGCGGCGCAGAUGUGCUCGGCGGGGCUGGCCGGCGUGAUCAACCGCAUGCGGGAAAGCAGGAGCGAGGAGCGGCUGAAGAUCACCGUGGGAGUCGAUGGCUCGGUCUACAAGCUCCACCCCAGCUUCAAAGACCAGUUCCACGCGACCGUCAGACAGCUGACGCCUGGCUGCGACAUCACCUUCCUCCAGUCAGAGGAGGGCAGCGGCAGGGGGGCCGCCCUGAUCUCGGCGGUAGCGUGCAAAAUGGCCUGCCUGAUUGGCCGGUGAGCGGGGCCAUUGGCCAAAGGACCACGGAAGGAGCAGCCGCGGCUGGGACGUGGCUCCGUGCCGAGUUCUUUAGAGCGCGCGCGCCCAGGAGCGGAAACAACAAGUGAAGGGG